AUGGCACUGGAGUUGGCCGCACCGCCUUUGCACGAGCACUUGGCGAAUCCUCCGAGUCGGAAAGCGGCUGGCCGUGAGCAAGAGUGGGGCGGCUGUGACUCACAGCUGUCACUCGGCCGGCAGGAGCUUAGGCCGCGCGGGUUGGCCUCCUCGGAGGAGGUGGCGGCGAAGGUGGUGGCCUCUGAUGGGCACAGCUGGCUCAAGUACGGUCGGAAGAAAGUCCGCCAUUCGGGUGCCACCAGGUGCUACUACAAGUGCAGCAUGUCUAAGGCCAUCCCUCGCUGCCCCGCCAGGAAGACCGUUGACAUCAAAAGCCUCGACUCUAUUCAUGUCACCUACCGAUGCCGCAUCCAUAACCACCCCGUAGUUCCCAACCGCCGUUCACCCUACUACCACCCUAACGUUCCCGUUGGCGAUACGAACUGCCGUGCCGACCACCAUAUCAACCUUACGGCUUCACAAGGUGUGGUUGGCCCUGUGGCACCUGGCACCGUUCGACCUGUUGCUUCUGGUGGGGAAUUGAAGGAGCUCGUGCAAUCUUUGCAGCAUGAGAGCGUGGGAGUGAUUGCUUCUGGCAGUGGGACAGACGCUGGUUGUGCUCCUGUUGCUGCUGGUGGUGGUGCUGGUGAUGCUGCUGUUUGGCUUGCCGCUUCUUGUGGCGACUGGGAGGCCCUCGUGCCAGCCUUGCAGCGUGAGAGCGUGGGAGUGACUUCUGGCAAUGGGUCCGACGCUGGUUGUGUUGCUGCUGCUGCUGGUGGUGCUGGUGAUGCUGCUGUUCGAGCUGGUGGUGCAGGUGCUGCUGAUGCUGCGGCUGGUGCUGGUGGUGGUGGUGGUGGUGGUGCUGCUGCUUCUGCUGCUGCUUCUGCUGCUGCUUCUGCUGCUGCUGCUGCUGCUGCUGCUGCUGCUGCUGCUGCUGCUGCUGCUGCUGCUGCUGCUGCUGCUGCUGCUGCUGUUGCUGCUGCUGCUGCUGCUGCUGCUGCUGCUGCUGCUGCUGCUGCUGCUGCUGCUGCUGCUGCUUCUGCUGCUGCUGCUGCUGCUGUUAUUACUGCUUCUUCCGACGGUGGUGGUGCCGCUGAUGCAGAUUGGGCCGCCGAUUUGACAAACGAGGUUUUCUCACUGCUGGGAGCAAGAUCGCCUUUGGUUCAAGAGCUCCAAGAGCUUUUACAGCGGCGCAGUCUCACCUAUGUGGGACUUCUAUCAGAUGGUGAUGGUUGUGAGGAGAUGGUGGUGGAUGAGGAGGAGCAGACAGCAGCUUGUGUGAAAAACAUUCCAAAGAAUCCCUUACUCGUUAUUCCUUGUGAAGGGCAAGAAACGUCGUUGCACCAUUCCCUGAAGUCACCUCAGAAGGACGACCAUCGUGCACACGGAGUGGGAGAGAAGUCAGAACGUUUCUUUAGGUUCCAAGUGCCGUUGUGUGAGGGGCAUCACUCCUUUGGGGCGCCUCAAAAAGGGGACGGGAAUGAGGAGCUGGAGCACGGAUUUUCAGAAGCCGUGCUGCCAAGACCACUGAGGCCUGUUUUGGUUGCUGCUGUGACGGACGGCUGUGCUACUGUGACUGAUGGCUGUGCUGCUGCGACUGACGGCUGUGCUGCUGUAACUGACGGCUGUGCUGCUGUGACUGACGGCUUUGAUCCCGUUACUGAUGGCUGUACUCCCGUUACUGAUGGCUGUGCUGCUGUGACUGACAUCUGUGCUACUAAGGCUGACAGCUGUGCUCCUGGGCAACUCACCCGUUCGGAUGCGCUGCAGAUUCUUUUUGAGUUGACGCAUGAUUCAUCCUUGGCUAACAGCUGUUCUGCAUCUGAUGCUCUGGAGGUUCAAGCAGAGCGUGAUGCGCUGUCACAGCAGCAGCAGCGGCAGCAGCAGCGGCAGCGGCAGACGCAGCAGCAACGGCAGCAGCGGCGGCAGCGGCAGCAGCAGCAGCAGCAUCAGAAGAAGAACCAGCAGCAACCACCACCACCGAAGCAGCAGCAAAUGCAACUCAAGCAGCAACAACAUCAUCAGUCACUCACUAUCACAGCUUUGCUGCUGUCGAUUGCCAAAUCUGCCAAAGAGCGCCUUGCGACCCUAGACAUUCUCAGGACCGUGCCUGCUGCUGUGCCUGCUGUUCUCUCCAACCCUAGCGUCCCAUGCACCGCCCGCGUUUCAGACUAUGCAGCGGCUGACAUGCGGCACGAACUUCAGUCUUGGCUCGAUGGUGCUGCUUAG